AUGAGUGAGGUAAAAGAAGAAGUCAAAAACGCCACCGUCAAGGUUACAGUCAAACUUCCAAAAGAAGACAACUAUUCUCAUAAUACUAAUCAUUUCAAAAAGAUAUCAACUUCGAAGAACAAUGACAUAUCCUUUGAAAUUGGCAGAGAAUCUAAAAUUCAGACAAUUGUAGAUGUAUUGGCUAUGAUUCCAAGUUCUAAGUACUUAACAAACAUCAGUUUGAAGGCAAUUGAAGCUGACUCACAGCCAACCGAGGAAACCUCUAUAAAGGAGAUCAUCGGUGAAAAAGACGAGCUAAAACUUCAAAUAGUACUAAAGCCAUACAGUGCAAGGGAGGCCUUGAAACAUGUGAUUACAGUUCGCGACUUCAUCGGAUUCGCCCAGGAAACUUCAGACGGUUUAUCUGAGUUUGCCAUUUCCACUGGCUCGAAUUUUUCCUCGUUACCUUUGGGUCCUAUCAAGGAACCAUCAAAGCAAGAUGAGAAGAAAGGCGAAAGUGACCCAGAAGAAAAGAAAAAUAUCCUCAAAAAUGUUUCCGAAGAGGAAAAGUUAAAAUUCAAUGAAAUGGUCCAAGAAGUUUUUUCUAGCUUCAAGAACUCCUCCGUUAACAAACUUCUGACAUCUGAAUCUAACAUCAUCACCCCCUGCGUCAGAUCUUUGAGUUUCGCGGCCUACAACCCAGUACCUCCGUUCUAUAGAAGUAAAGGUCAUCUUUUUUAUCUACAAAUUGUUACUUUAGAGGGCGAAAAUUUCUAUAUCACUGCAAUUCCAUCAGGUUUUUACGUUAAUAGAUCCAACUCAACUAAAUUCGAUCCUUCUCAAAAGGAAAAUACUGAGGAUAACGCCCAUGCAUCCUUGGUUUACUACAGUCUAUUUGAAUUGAUUGCUUCUCGUUCCAAAAAAUUUGUUUCUCAUGUUCAAGCGUUUGAAAGAAAAUUAUCUGCUUUGGAUUCUACAAGCUAUGUGAGACCAAGCAAUACUUUCUUACAUAAACCGUGGCUUGUUUCUUCUUUACCAACAAAUAGUCCAGACUAUUUGAGAUUGCAGACAGCUGCCUUGGAUUCUACUCCAGAAAGAAACUUUAAUGACGAAUUCCAGGCCAUCAAAGACUUGACUACGUCAACUUUACAAGAUCGUAUUGAGAUGGAAAGAUUAUUCGCUAAAGUUGUACAUGAAUUCUCCGUUACUGCAACAUCAGCAGCCAUGUCAAUUUUUCGCAAUGAUUUCAUUGCAAUGAACCCAGAAUCUCCAACACGAGAGCAAAUUUUCCUGAAGGAUAAUAUAUUUUAUUCCUAUGUUUCUGACGUCAGCGGCAAUUAUGAAGGUAAGGGUGGAGAUGAGGCUGCAAUCGCCGCUUCCAACCAAGAUUUGAAGACAAUCAACAUUUUGAAUCGUCUGAACAUGCACGAAGUUCGUUACCUUUUAACAACAGUUGUUGAAUUUGCUGGCAGAAGGAUUUUGGCUCAAACCCCAGUACCUGGGCUUCUAGCUACUAUGGGUAACAAGAUUGUCAAAGACGCUGAUACAGGCGAAGAAGUUACUGAAGAUUUUGUAAAUGAUAUCAAUGUUAAAUACGGUCUUGAUGAAGGCUUAGAAGAAAUUGUUUACGAUUCUGCCUUUGAGGCUGUAUUGGAAAAGAAAUUUGUGAAGGCUUUCCACUUGAAGAAACACAAAAUCAACGGUACUGAAUUGGUAUUUUCCUCUCAAUCAAAGGGAAUUGUCGGUUUCGAUAAGAGGCGCUACAUUUUGGAUUUAGCAAACACAUAUCCUCUGGAUGUCAACUUCGCUAAAGAAAACUACGACAACGUUGAAGCGACCGACAGCCGUUAUCCACACAGACAAACCUUGUUACGCCCGGAGCUAGUAGAGAAAUGGUGGAAUGAUAAGGUCGAGAAAGAGGGGGUUGAAUUUGACAAAGCCUAUGAAGAAAAUGAAUUCAGCUACAACCCUGAUGCUUACCAAGUUGAGGGUAUCGAGGACUGUACUGUUGACGAAAUGUCAAACUACUUACAAAAAGAAGUCAUUCCCGGUGUGAUUCAAGAUUAUCUAUCCGGUAAUUUGAGCACACCUUACAAUGGUGAGCAUUUAGCCGACACUUUACAUAAGAAUGGUAUCAAUAUGCGUUAUCUGGGCAAAAUCAUCGAGCUUUCUCAAAAACAGUUAGACUCUCAAACUGCCAAGUAUGAAGAAAAUUUGAAAGCUGUUGAACAAGGCAACAAAGAAUAUGAGGAGUGGGAAAAAUCCUACUUGCAAAAAAUCGAAAAAAUGAUCAAAGAGAGACAAGCUAAGGUUAAUAAAUUGGUUCAAGAAGGCAAAGAAGUCCCUAAGGAAUUAACCGAAGAUUUGAAGUUAAACGAUGAAGAAAUCAAAAAACCAACCGAAGGGAAACCUGUUGUGGUUGCUUAUGAUGAGCUGUUGCCACUAAUAAAAAUCGCAGAGCUAGAGAUUAUCUCACGUUCUUUGAAGCAUGUUCUGAAAGAUUUUAGUAAAGAUGUUCCGGUUAUUUUGGUCCCAUCUUUGGUUGCUUACUUCUUCAAUAUGUUGGUUGGCACAAACUUUAAUGCUAAUCCGAAAACGGAGCCUGUCGAUGAAUUUUAUCCGGUUAGUAAGUAUUCAUUUGCUAAAUUGACCCGUUCCGAGUUGUUAGAGUCUAUUUCUAAACAAGCCUCUUUACGUUUCCGUCAUCAGUUGCCAUCAGAUUGGAUUGAAGCUUAUAUGGAAAAUCCUUUCGUCCUUAUUAGAAGUGUUUCUUACAAAUUUGGUAUUCAACUGCUGAAUAAGGAAUAUUUCUUCACCAGAGAACAAUUGGAGAGCUAUAAGCAAAAACUAGACAGGAAAAUCAAAAACAAGUAUGUUGAACCAUCUGCUACCUUCAGUUUAAACGAUUUGACUAUUAUUCCACGCGUUAAGCUAUCAGAAUAUACAUCUUCCGUCAGUGAGGAAUUCUGGGCUCAAGGUGCUUCUAUGAUCAAUGAAGACAAACAGACUGCAUUGACUUUGCUUGCCCAGUCCAUUACAGUCUUAGAGGAUGUGAAUAAUGUAUUACACCCCACUGUUGCCGAGAAGUAUUUAUCGCUAUCUGCCAUCUACAAUAAAUUAGCAUUAUACCCUGAAGCCAUUGCAUUUUGUCGCAAAGCAUGCACCAUCUAUGAAAGAGUUAGCGGUAUUGAUUCUUUUGAAAUGAUGAGAGCUUUAACUAAUUUGGCAAUUUUAGAAUUUUCUAACGAAAGUCCUUAUAACGCUGCCGUUAUUUACAAUAGACUAGCUGAAAUCCUACAAGUUUAUCAAUUACCCAAGAUCCAUCAUCCAGCGCCAACAAGUAUUUUCAACCAUUUAGAACAAUUAGCUCUGGGUGUUCAAGAUACCAAAUUGGCCAUUGAAAUCUUGGGGCAACUAAGUUCCUAUGUCGUAGAACUUGAAGGCAAAGACUCGUUAGCAUACGGCUAUACCGAAUCACGUCUGGGUAACUUAUUUGCUGCACUGAAGGAUUUCCAUCGUGCAUUAGAGCACAUCACUGUCACCCAAGGUAUUUUUACUAAACAGCUAGGUAUGAAUCACACACAUUCAGCACAAUCAAGACAAUGGGUUAAUGGUUUGAGUUCGUUGAUAAUGGAUUUGAAACAAAAGAAGCAGCUAGCACAGGAUCAAGUAUCAGCAACAGGAUCAAAUACAGUUGGUCAUAAAAAAAAGAGUCAUCGUCAAAAAAACGACGUUGUAAAACCUGAAUUGGCCAAUAAGAGUGUAGAUGAGUUGUUAACAUUUAUUGAAGGUGAUUCUGCCAAUACCGAAAGCAAAAAUAAAAGCAAGAGUAGGAAGAAACAUGUCAAGAAAUAG